AUGGAUAUCACAAAUUUCGUAUUUUCUGGGCGGGCGCAAGCAAAACUUUAUGGUGAUUGGGCAAGUUAUAGGACACAGCUUUCCAACAAAAUACAAAAGUUGCGGAAAAAACUAGGAAUAGCUACAAGACCCCGGGCAAAGUUCGACAGCAGGGCGGCAAUUACUCCAAGUGAUAUAGGACGCGAUCAUGGAUUCUGCCAUCUAUUACUUCUCACGUCUGAGCGGGCUUGGGCGCAUGCUAUGUUGAUGCGGGAAAACAAUUCAUCAGAUAAAACUAGCAUAACUGGCCCCACAAGAUCACACAUCAUAUCUCGACUAAGGAAAUCUAUUCUCCAUGCUAAAAGCCUGUAUGAAUUAUUAAAAGAGCAACAUCUGACUGGAGCCAGCACAAAUGAUAUUCUUGAGGCUCGCGCCUACGCUACUUCACUUUCUGGUGCUUUAGAACUUGAGAAACGAGACUGGGAAAAAUGUCUAAGAGAAUACUCUGAGACCAGAGUAAUAUACAGUGCACUCGGUUCAGCCACAAAAAAUGAUAUAUUUAAGGACCUACUGUCAGAUCCUGUGGAUCUCAGUAUCCGCUAUAGUGCAUACAAGCUUCAACUGCCUCGAAAAAUUGCAAUACCUACGAUAGCUAGUCGAUACUUUCCUCGAUCUGACGAUAAUCUUGUCGAUGAAAUAAAAAAACUAGAUCCAGGUGCCCUGGAUGACCACUUCCUUGAAUUAGAACAUGGAAAAGCGGGGUCAGAUGCAUUUCCAAAGACAAUCACGUGGAGAUCUCAAACAAUAGAUCUGGAUGAUUCCUCAAUCGCAGCUGCAAUUAUGUCAGUCAAUGAAGCUGUGAAAAGACUUUCUAAAAAUCUCGCUUCUAUUUCCAGCGAGAAAGUUCGUGAGCGUGCAUUAGCCUAUGAUGAGGCUCUAACUUUGAGUCAAGAUGCAGUUGAUGCAACUAAACAAGCGAUUGAUGAACUCUUAAGCGAAGGAAUCAGUCAAAGUGAUCAGCGUGUACAAAGCCUACAGAUUACCUUGACUGCCCUCAGUUAUGACAUGAUAAGCUGGCGAAUAGGUAGAAAUAGAACUCUUGUGGGUGACAGGGACGGUGCAGAAACUGCAGGGACUUCAGCCGAUUUGGACAAAAAUGCAUCUAUAAAACAGGUUAGGGAGCAAAUGACCAGCCGGAGGUUAUCUCGUCUGCGAGAAAACGUUGUACUGUACGACGCCAUUCUCCAGAGUAUUUGUUCAAUGAAAGAACUUCCUGGUGUUGCGGCAGACACCACGCUUGUUAAAGAGCUAGAAUCAAGAUAUGAUUAUUUUUCAUCGCUUAAAUACCUUACACUGGCAAGCUCUCACAGUCUCUUACUGAGCACAAAAAAUGCGUUGGCUUUGCUUGCGCGAGCACAAGAACAUCUUAAUAAGUCGCAAACGAAUAAGUCGUCAUUCAGGGAGGAAACUCAGCUUCCUUUGAAGAUUUCAGUGACUACAACAGAAUUCCAAUACCUAAGGAUUCUAAUAGAAAAAGAGAUGCAACGUCAUAGAGCACUAGUAAUCCUUGAAAACCUGAGUGAAAAUGAGCUGCAAAGCCGACUGUUUCAGGACAAUUCUCCUCUGGCAGGAAAUUUGCAAAAAUAUCCUAACAAAGGUGUUGAUCUCAGUAAUCUUGUCGUUUACCCAUCAAGCUUGGACAUCGCUCCUAUUAAACCUUUGUUUUUUGAUGCUGCUUGGAAUUAUAUUAGUUAUCCUGGAAAAGAAGUUAAGGAAGAUAUGAACAACAAAGCACAUGUAGUAGGACCUCUGGCUGUAAAUGAAGAUAAAAUCAACCAAGGAAAGAGAGGAUGGUUUGGUUUCGGGCGCUAG